AUGGCCGUGCCAUGCGACUUCGACGUCCGUCGAUUUAUUGGCCGUGGUUGUUACUCGGUAGUUUAUGAGAUUUCCAAGAAGAGUGGGCCAGACGCCGGAUCACUUUAUGCAUUAAAACGCUUUUUUUUGGAAAAUAACUCUUCUGUUAACUGCGUCCUGCGUGAGCGUCGCGUUUUAGAGCGCUUGGCUCUUGCCGAAUACCAGAGCCCUUUUCUUCCGAUGUUGCUAUACAGUCUAUGGAGCAAUUACUCCUCCGCUUUUGUUCUUCGAGAAGGGGCAGGCUGUGACAUGUAUGAUUUACUGCGUCAUGUUGGUCAGUUGUCGGAGACCAAUGCUCGAUUCUAUGUCGCCGAAAUUCUCUGUGGAUUAGAGCACUUGCACUCCUUGAGCAUAGUCCACUUGGAUAUAAAGCCAGAGAACAUUUUGUUUUAUCGUGAUGGUCAUGUUUUUGUGUCCGAUUUGGACAGGUCAUACGACAUGUCAUUAGGAGGUCGUCCUACUCUUGAUGAUUUCACUGGAACUCCGCUGUUCAUGGCACCGGAGAUCGCCAAGGGUGAGACAAUCGACGUUCGUUCCGAUACGUGGAGUUUGGGUGCCCUGGUUGCUGAGAUGGUCUCUGGGCCUAUUCGUUCUGGUGCCCAGACGGUGGAACAGGAAUUUCGGCAGGCGCGCUCAGGUACGUACAAUAUUCGUGGGCUGAAACGCUUUUCAAAACCGUUACAAUCCUUCUUCUCAGCGUGCUUACACCGGGAUUACAGGCAACGACCCUAUUUGAAGGAUGUGAAAAGGCUUCGAUUCCUAAAAUGUAUCGAUUGGGAGUCUGUGAGGAACCUUGCGUUACUCCCUCCGUACAAUGUAGCAGAUAUUCACCAUAGACCUUCAAAAGAAGAUGGCGAAUUAUUGAAAGCAACUGAUCAAAGGAUACUUGCCGGCGCAUUCGAUCCGGUGAAGCCGGUCACGUUUUCCUCUAGUAAGAAGCAAUCAACCAAAGGUCCCACUGUUCUUUCUAACGUUAAAGUGGGCGAUGGAGUGUGCGGUAACUCAGCCUUGCCUGCUUCUCUUCAGGAAUGUGGAUUUACCGAAACCUCCCUUAAUGAAAAGUUCAAGUCUUUCAACUUUGUCCAUCCCAGCUUGAGAUUCGCAAGAGAACCUGAGGUACCUGCCGAUAGAGCGACUACUGCGGCUGAUUUACACGCUCCUGUUGUAGAUGACAUUGAUUCAUUCCUAAGAUAA